AUGGCCCCGCUUAGCAACCCAGCCAAGUACAAAAAGUCACAGGGAGUCUUGACGAUUGAUCUUGCAACCGAUAAAUUGCUUUGGCAAGGCGAUGGAGCAGUUGCUCCUUCUGUCCAGCUUAAGCUAUCAAAUAUCGAGCACUUGCAAGCAACUCCGGCAACAUCGGCCAAAUCAAUGAUUAAAAUCAUGAUGAAGGAAGGCACAGACCCGUUCACUUUCCUCUUUUCUGCGCGACCCAUUCUGGCCUCGGUUCGUGACGUUUUAUCUGCAUUGAUUCACGAGCGACAAGCAAAGGAGUCCAGUGCAACUGCAACUGCAACUGCAACUGCAACUGCAACUGCAACUGCCACUACAACUACAACUACAACUACAACUGCAACUGCAACUGCAACUGCAACUGCAGACUCCAAAUCCCAGCCUGAUUCGUCAUCUUCAUCUUCAUCUAAAUCGUCGUCACCACCAGUCCAAACUGUAGGCAAAAAACAAAAACAAAAAGUGGCAGCACCAAAUGCAAUUCCUUUAGAUACAAAGUCACUUUUAAGAAACCUCAAGCUCCAGCAAGAUGUCAUCCAAAGUACUCCUGAAAUCAAGCGUGCAUUUGAAGAUGCAGUUAUUACUGGUGGACUGUCACACGAAGACUUUUGGUCAACACGAAUCCAUUUGUUGCGAGCCCAUGUGCUGGCAGCAUCGCAAAAGCGAGGACCAUACAAUGUGUUGAGUACCAUCAAACACAAGACCAAUAGCGAGAACCAGCAAACGCUAACAUUAUCAGUUGAAAAAAUUAAUGACAUUUAUGAGCAGUAUCCUAUUGUGUACCAAGCAUUUAAGGAUAAUGUUCCGCCGAUGGACAGCAAUGUUUUUUGGGUAGAGUUUUUUAGUUCACGGUUGUUUCGUCGGUUAAGAGGUGAUCGAAUUAAACCAUCGGAUCCUACAAAUACUAUUCUUGACAAGUACCUUGAUUACUUAGAUAAUUACGAAACUAACAAACAAACAGCACACCAAACAUUAUUGAAAAAACGUAAGCUUGACGAAGAGGCAGCCGGGUCCCAGGACCAAGACAUUGAAGUACCAUUUUUUAUCAACAUUGAAGGCAAUGAGGAAAACGAUCCUCAGCGACUUGGAAACCGACCAGACUAUACAAUGAGGUCAGGUGCAGAAGGUCCUAGUGCAUUGACAUUAUUAAAGUCAAUGAACUGGUUAUCACAACGCAUGGUUUAUGGACAGGAAGGAUCAGCAGUGACUGCGUCAAGUAAUGGGACAGGAUCCACAUCACGCGCUGCCAUUGUCCCGAUGCAUGACCAGGAUGAAUCACAUUUGAUGGACGAGCUGAGGAUCCGUGGUCUUGAAGAUGAACAAACUCCAGAAUAUUUGAAGCUGGAGGUAAGACCUGUGGAUACUGAUGCGAUACGUGAGGAGGUUGCAGCUAAUAAUAUUCUUCCAGCGAUAACCAAUGGGGUCAUGGAGAAAAGUCCACAGCCGCAAACAGAACAGUCACAAGUUACAUAUAAUGAGAGUUUGCAGUACAUGCAUGAGAAUGUAACAGGUUCUGUAGAUUUGCAAGAAGUGGGAGCAGGGCCUGGCCAUCAGGAUGCUUUAAAACGAGCGCAGAAACAUAUUAUGAGGACUGUGAAGCUGAGGUCUAAAGAAGGAGGUGAUAAUCGAAGUUUUGAAGAGCGAGAAGUUGAGGGAGUAGUUGAGAGUAAAGUUGGUUCUGUUCAUGCUACAUCUGUUGAGUUUCUUCGACAUUUUUGGAUUCAUUUUUUAAGUGGUGAUCCAACACAAGCUUUAGCUAUAAACAAAUUAGUAUCUGGACUUAAAAAAAGUUUGGAAAAAAUUGAUGCUUUAGAAAAACAAGAAGAAGGUAAACCAUAUUGUGCUCAAGUAAUUGCAGCUCUUGGACCACUUGUUGAUUCAAUUACUAAAGCUCUUGAGGCAUACCAGGGAGCCGUGGCAAUGUACCAACAAACCAAUACAGUCUUGGCCAAUGGUGAUAUUAGUGCAAGCGGGACUCCAGAACCGUUGGCAUGA